AUGGCCAGCUCUUACUCUUCGUUUGACUCUAGCUCCUCCGUCUACUCGUAUUUUUCCUCUCAGGAAGGCUCUGACCGGUCGUCGAUCACGUCCUCUAUGUCCACGCCACGCAAAACACAUACGAAUGGCUUGCAUAAACAUACCCGGAGUGUUAUGGAUUCAGUCCUCAAAGAUGAACUUGUCGGAAAUCGCUACGAGGACAUUACCGUCCAGAAUUUUGUUCAACAGGUUUUUGGGCUUUCACCUGAACAGAUCGCUAUAAUAUUAGCGAUGGAAUUGGAGCUCGAUCCAGAAGCCGUCUUUACUUACGACACGGUUGCCCAAACAGACGAUGAACCCAAACUACACGCACCCUUCAAGGAGAUCGUUGAUCAGUUAUUGGAUCACCUUUAUGCCCAUUUCGAGCUGGGCGAGCGCCGCGAUGGAUUUUGGGAUAGAGGAGGCGGUCACACCAUCAAAUCAAAAUACGCAAAUCGUAAACCCGACGUAUUGCGCAUGUGGAAGCCCAUCCCCACCGCUAUUGACUGCUGGGAUAUUGUGAAGUGCAUAAUCGAAUUUAAGAACGUCGCCGACAAGGCGAAGGAAAAGAUGUCAUCGAUACCAGAAGACAGCCACCAUACUGCAUUGCCAUCGUCAGACUCUCUGCCGGGUUAUAUAACCCGGGAACAGGGUACGGGGCGACGAGGCUCCCGCGCUGCAUCUGGCUCCCGCGCUGCAUCUGGCUCACGCGCUGCAUCUGGCUCACGCGCUGCAUCCGGCUCCCGUGCUGCAUCUGCAUCUGGCUCCGGCAGGGACAGCGUCGCAGGAAGAGCGAAAGCCCCGAAGCCACGGACGCAACGGACACGUUCGACCGUAUCCGAACCAUCCCCCUUCCCUUCCGCAUCGACACUACCAAACCCCUUCCUUUCCUCAUCGACAUCUCAACAUGCAUCAACGGAAUCGUUACCGAACCCAUCCCAGCUUCCUAGCAGUACUGACCUGCCGUUGACCGAGGGACUUGGCAAACGCAAACGUUCCGCAGACGAUACAGCCUCGCGUAGCGCAAAGAGCAGCCUCAACCCCACUGCAAAAGAAGUCCAGCUGGCUUCCUAUGGUUUGGAGUGCCUUUGCGUUGGCAACCGUCAUUAUGUCACUGGCAUUUACAUUGAUCGAUGGAUGAUGUCACUGUGGUACUAUGACCGUCAUGCGAUUUUGCGCUCAGAGCCCUUCAGCUUUCGAGAGGAGCCCAAUCUUUUGGCCCUUGUUAUGUUUGCGCUCAGCCAAGCCGACAAGUGCCAAGCGGGGUUCAGUCCCUUUUUUUACAGGUCUAUUCCCUCUCUUCCAGUUCAGCCGGCGACGGAUAACGACGAUGAAGCUCCUGGACCAGGGGAGCUACAUUUGGAAGGAACCCUCCCGAAUACAGAUGCUCGGACAUUGGAGAUCACAGCGCCAGCGACCGAGGAGUCAGCUGUAACACAGCCUGAGGUGGAAGAACCGGAGGUGGAGACGGCUCCCGGAGGGUCACCCGCCGAGACACCUGCUAAAAAGGCUGUUGACAAAUGCUUCAUCAUGUUGCCUCCCACCGGUAGCGAAAAGAAAAGGGUACCUCGCUUCCGCUUCAAGGAAACCCUAUCGAAUUACUAUGGAAUCGUUGGUCGCGGCACUUCGGUUUUUUCGGUCCAGGAGGUAAACGAUAACGAUAUCGUUGAAGACCCGCUUUUAGCUUUGAAAAUGAGCUGGCAGUGGCUAUUUCGUACUCCUGAAGGCGAGACGAUUUCGGCUCUUCGAGAAGCGAUCCCUGAUUGGGCGGACCACUUGCCGGACAUCAAGUAUCAUACCACUUAUCAGCCAAAAGACCUUGACCUACCGUGGACUCGCCUAGGCCUUAAGAUGCCACCCCGUCACAGUAUCAAGCCGCGCUAUCUCCAUGCAAUGGCAGGAAAACAGUACGAAUGCUUGUGGGAAGCUGGUGACCUUAACAAAUUCAAGCAAGCAUUCCUUGAUUGUGUUGAAUGUCAUUAUCACGCAUGGAAAGACGGUCGCGUUUUACAUCGCGAUCUCAGCGAGGACAACUUGAUGCUCUACUCAGUGGACAAUGGUAAGAAGGUCAAAGGAGUCGUCAAUGACUGGGACAUGUCAUCAAAGGUUGACGAAGAUGGUAUUCCCAUUCGUAGUGCUGCCACUCACCGUACUGGAACCACGCCUUUCAUGGCAUGUGAUCUUCUAGAUGCAGGGGUUGCGUGGCCCCACUACUAUCGGCACGACCUAGAGUCGCUCUUUUACAUUCUCAUAUGGGCCGCGAUCCACUACGACUUGAAGAAAGGACAACAAUAUAUAAAUCGUGGAAAGCCGCACCCACGAUUCGAAGCAUGGAUAGCCGACGGUCUGGACAAGAAAUUUGCAUUCCUAUCCAACGUGCUAGGAAGGAAUGCUGUCUUUUCAAAUAUCGGACCAGAUUUCGAAUCACUCAAAAAGGAGUGGCUGGUACCCCUUUGGACCCUCUUCCACGACGUGCAUGUCAAUAAGCGACCUUGGGACCCGCCGGCCGAUGCUACUUAUGAUCAUGCUACAUGCGACGGGAGGCUGACAUUUGAAACUUUCAUGGCUGCGAUGGGGGCGACUCCUCGCGGAAAUUCUGUAGUUGUUUAGUCAAUUCUCUUAUGCAUGGAUAUCUUCGAUUCGCUAUCUUACACGCAGUUGUUGCUACAUGCCCCUCGCCUGGAAUAGAAACAGUGCUUUACUACCAG